GUAACUGCAUGUCUUUGGACUGUGGACCCUGGAGUACAAAGAAUAUGCUUACCACACGGAAAUGCUCUGGCUAGAUGGUGGAUUUGACCCAGGACGUUCUUGCUGUGAGGAUUGAUUUUGAGGAUUGGAGGGCUGAAAAUGGACUUUCCCACCCCGUUCAUGAGUGAGCCAUGUUGAGAAGAAGCCAAAGACUUCAGUCUAACGGCUAUUACGGCAGCCAAGGAGAGCCGUUAAUCUCCUACAAGGACACUUUAUGCAGGCGACAGCCCUGUCCCCGUCCAGUCCCUGACAAUAAUGACCAAGACACAGUUGAAUACAACUACGAUGACUGUGACACUGUGGACUACAACUACGAUGACUGUGACACUGUGGACUACAACUACGAUGACUGUGACACUGUGGACUACAACUACGAUGACCGUGACAUUGUGGACUACACCACUGAUGAUUUUGUUGACUACAGUAGUGACAGCAGCAGAGGUCUCUUUAGAGCCAUCAAGGCACUGGGACUUUUGGUCCUCAUGCUGGCCUUGUGUUUUGGAUUGAUUUUCAGUAUUGGAGGGCUGAAAAUGGACUUUUCCACCCCGUUCAUGAGUGAGUACUUGGUGAGUGGACAUGAACGGAUGGAAAGGCAGGUACAAGACAUUCAGGAUACCCGACCACAGUGUAGAUUUCAUCCGCUACGUCACGCUGCAUCUACUGAACACGUGGGGCAAUUGCGAGGAUUCCUGUCUACACAGCUUUUGAGUUCAAAGAAAGCUGGCAUAACCAAAUUCCCAUGAAACCAUCUUUAAAAGAAAAGAGAGGAAAAUGUGAAAGUGAAUCAGACUGCAACACAUAUUUAAAUAUUGUAUUAGAAAAAAAAUGUCCAUUUAACCCAUUUUUUUUCUCCAGCGAAUGUCCAUCCUACCAGGUAAGACAUGUGUGAUUAAGAUGUUUGCAGUCUGAUUCACCUCACCCCCAACCAGCCGUGGCAGAGGGCUUGCCCCUCCCUGAGCCUGGCUCUGCCAGAGGUUUCUUCCUGUUAAAAGGGAGUUUUUCCUCUCCACUGUUGCCAAGUGCUUGCUCAAAGGGGAUCAUCUGAUUGUUGGGGUUUUCUUCUCUUAUAUUGUAGGGUUUUUACUCUACAUAU